CGGGUGAGUGACGGAAGGAGAGAGAGGGGGGCGUGGCGGGCGGGUGAGUGACGGACAGGCGGAGCACCAGCGGAGACGUCGGUUAGAGACAGUGACGGAGGGAGAGGGAGAGAGUGAGGGGGGAAGAGCCCGCGCAACGGAGCGGCGGCGGGACAGGGGGAGUGGCGGUGGGAGAGACACGGACCGUGGACCGGCGGCCUCGGCAUCGAUCGCCUUCCCUCCCAGCCGCCGCCAUGGAAGGCACGGCGCGGUUUAAAUCCUAACGGCCGGCCCCACGCGCGCAGCCAGCCCGAGGGUGACGGAGGAGCAGGCGGCGGCGGCGAGGCCCAUCACCGGCGCGGCCCGGCGGUGUAACGCCGUCACCGCGGUCCGCAGCCGUCGGCGUGGAGGUCGAGGGGACGGACGAAGGGUUCUGGGGCCCAGCCAUGGACGAGCACCCGGCAGCCGGGGUGUUCUUCGGCAACAGCUCGGCGCUGAGCGGGGCCGGCGGAGGGCCGGGCAUGGGUGGCCGGAGCCUGCAGCCGCAGCCGGGGGUGGAGGGCGAGACGCAGCGGCCGCAGUACAACAUCCCGGGGAUCCUGCACUUCCUGCAGCACGAGUGGGCCCGCUUCGAGGUGGAGAGGACGCAGUGGGAAGUGGAUAGGGCGGAGUUACAGGCGCAGAUUUCUUUCUUGCAAGGGGAGAGGAAAGGCCAGGAGAACCUGAAGAAGGACUUAGUCAGAAGAAUUAAAAUGCUUGAAUAUGCUUUAAAGCAGGAAAGAGCAAAGCACCACAAGUUGAAAUAUGGCACAGAGUUGAAUCAAGGAGAUAUGAAGCCUCCAAAUUAUGAUUCUGAUGAAGGGAAUGAAAAUGAAAUACAGACCACACAAAAUAAUCAACUAACAUGGAAACAAGGGAGGCAGCUGCUUCGUCAAUAUUUGCAGGAGGUGGGUUACACAGAUACUAUAAUAGAUGUGAAGUCGAGGCGAGCACGGGCACUACUUGGCCUCACUGGUGAUGACCUAGAUAAAUUAUCAGAAAACAAAAGUCUGGAGUCUGUUAUAAAUGGUGGUGAAACACUUUUAAAAAGGACGGACAUGAUUGGAAAUUCUGGAGAGAAAGUUAAACCACUUCCGACUGAUUCAGCAGAUGUGCUGGAAACAUUUAAAUUUCUUGAAAAUGCUGCAGCUGUAUUUAGUGAUGAAGAUGAAGACGAUGAGAGUGAUGGAAAAGAGAGAACAAUUAUCGAUACUUCAUUUGACAAAGUUGUACCAGCUAAUACAAUAGAAGAUAUGGAUACCGAGGAAGCAUUGAGAGAGUUUGACUUCUUAGGAACACCUGAAGAUGGUGAAGGAGCAGGAGAGUCCAGGAGUGCAGGCGAUGGAACAGAAUGGGACAAGGAAGAUGUGUGUCCCACACCAGAGAGCUGGGACGUGGACCAGGGACUAAUAACAAAACUCAAGGAGCAGUACAAAAAGGAGCGAAAGGGGAAAAAGGGGGUGAAGAGGCCAAAUAGAUCAAAGUUACAAGACAUGUUGGCUACUUUAAGAGAUGUAGAUGAACUUCCUCCACUGCAGUCUUCAGUAAAUUCUCCCCCCAGACCAGCUAACACACGCCUGACUGAGCAUGAAACUGGCAGGACAGAAGAAGUUGAGGCAUUGACAUUUCCCCCAGGAUCAGGAAAAUCCUUUAUCAUGGGUACGGACGAAGCACUGGAAAAUGCAUUGGGUCUUGGGGAGUUGGCUGGCCUUACAGUUGCUAAUGAAGCAGACCCUCUAAAUUAUGAUAUCACAAACAACAAAGAUGCAUUACGAAAGACUUGGAAUCCUAAGUUCACAUUACGGAGCCAUUUUGAUGGGAUAAGAGGCCUUGCGUUUCACCCAGUUGAACCUGUUCUGGUAACUGCCUCAGAAGAUCACACUGUGAAGUUGUGGAAUUUACAAAAGACUACCCCAGCAAAAAAGAGUACAUCAUUGGAUGUAGAACCCAUAUACACAUUCAGGGCUCACAGAGGCCCAGUGUUGUGUGUUGUGAUGAGCACCAGUGGGGAGCAGUGUUUCAGUGGAGGUACUGACGGAGUAAUCCAGUGCUGGAAUGCCCCCAGUUCCGCUAUUGAUCCUUAUGAUUCAUACGAUCCUUCUGUGUUGCGAGGUGCUUUGGAAGGACACACUGACGCCGUUUGGGGUUUGGUGUACAGUGCAGCACAUCAACGCCUCCUGUCCUGUUCAGCUGAUGGGACUCUGCGGCUGUGGAACACCACUGAAAUAGCGCCUUCACUUUGUGUAUUUAAUGAAAACAAAGAAUCUGGAAUCCCUACCUCUGUUGACAUAGUCUGCAGUGAUCCGUCUCAUUUGGUGUCAUCAUUUGUAAAUGGACAGACGAGCAUAUUUGACAUGGAGACAUGUCAACGAUUCCUCACCUUUGAGUCUAGUAUUGAUGCUUCAUCUACAUGCCAAAUUAAUAAAGUCAUUAGUCAUCCUACACUUCCUGUCACCAUAACAGCCCAUGAGGACCGAUGCAUAAAAUUCUUUGACAAUAACACAGGAAAAACUCUUCAUUCAAUGGUAGCUCAUUUAGAUGCUGUUACAAGUUUAGCUGUGGAUCCAAAUGGCUUGUAUCUGAUGUCUGGCAGUCAUGACUCUUCAAUUCGUUUGUGGAGCCUUGAGACAAAGACCUGCAUUCAGGAGUUCACUGCACAUCGUAAAAAGUUUGAUGAGUCCAUCCAUGAUGUGGCAUUUCAUCCUUCCAAAUGUUAUAUCGCCAGUGCUGGGGCAGAUGCACUGGCCAAAGUAUUUGUAUGAUAGUUUUCUGUAUACUACUUCAGACCCUCUAUUUUCAAUUAGUGUCUAUGACACUGCCAGACAUAGGGAUAACAUUUACUGCCCAGUACUCCGCAGUACUUGGAUUGCAGAGACCACAGUUCUGAAACAGCCGUGCUUAGGUCCAAGGGAUUUGUUGUUUAUGUUUUUCCUUAACUUAAUUUCUAUUAUCCUGGAGCUGCCCUGUUUAUCCAGGCAGGCCUGGAUAAAGCUGGGUUUGGGUAUAUUUCCUCCUCUUGGAGAAUUCGGCACACCAAGCAGUACCUGUAUGAAAGGUGAAGUUUGUUCUCUGUGCUGGGCAGCUAGCAAGGAGUGUCUAUAGAGUGGAGAGGCAAGCUGCAUCAAUUCCAGGUUAAAGGGAGCUGUAAAAGUCCAACAGUAGAGUAUUUUCAAAGAUAAGAUGCCAAACAUUUGCUAAACAAUAAGAAAAAAACCUCUUAAACAAUUGUACAAUAAAACUGAAUGUUUACAUAUGGGAAACAAUAUCUGUAGUUGAUUAUUGUUCUAGCUGCCUGACUGUAUUAGACUUGUGCCAGCAGCUGUGUGAUCCGUGAACUCAUUUCUCCUUAAAGACUGUUUAUGAAGUUUUAAGGUAAAUUUGAAUCGUCAGUAAAUUUAAUGGCAUACAGCUACACUUCAUUUGGAGUUGUGAAUAAUUAUACAUUUAAGGCAUUUGUUUAGCACUUAGAUAAACACUGACAUUUUUAACUACAGUUAUAAAAAGAUAUACUUUUUAAGCACAGUAGUAGAUUUGUGUCUUAAAUGGGGCUUUAACAUUGGGUAUUUGAAUGUCUAAUCCUUUCACUAAAAGUACAUUUUAAUUUUAAUGGCCUGGAGAACUACAUAUUGUAAACACAGCGAUGGAAUGUUUAAUAGUAUUAUUGUUGGGGUGUUUUUACUCUUGGGAUUUCUUUGUAAUUCAUAAACCAUGGCAUUAACACUUCAUUGAACUGGUAUAUGCGCCUUGGGUGAUGGUAUGAGAAUAGAAUGUAGCACUGUGCUAUUUUAAGAGAUCUUACUAAUCUGGUUUUCAAGUGACAGGUCAUUUUUUUAAUGGCACAAUCUUGACUGCCACCGAACACUGCUGGACACAAGAGUAAGGUAAUUUUACAGCAAUGAUUCUUUGUGCUAGAGGACAAAAAUGGCAUUAAAUCAAACUAACUAAUUCCUUUUAAAAAAUUUAAAUAUUGAACAUGUUUGACAUUGGCCAACAGUUGUAACUGUUUGGCAUUUCAAAUAGGGAAUCCUGCUUUAAAGUUAGCUUGCUAAAAUUUCCCAUUUCUUGGUCCAGUAGCAAGCUAUUUAGGAAGUGAAAUAUAUUUUAAAAAUGAAUAUAUGGGCAUAUAAAGUAUUUCAAAAUGGACCAUCUUUAAUACUGACAGUGGUAUGUAUUUGGAAGGAGCAUCAAUGCAAUGAGUGAGUUUGUGUGUUGGGCACAUUUGCUACUUCUACCUGUGUUUUUUUUUAGAAAAGUGAUCAUGUUUUGAUCAAACUGCAUAGGAGAGGCUUCUAAGCAUCAUGGUUAUUUGAUACCUACUAAAAGAUAAUUUUCUUGUAAAAAGGCAAUUGUUAUUCUAUGAUGUUCUCAUCUCUUUUCUGAAAUGGAAAGUGAUAGAUUUUAUUGGUAAUAAAAUUCUGAUAUUUCAGAAAUUGAUGCAUUUGCAGUUUAUAAAUUUAGCCAAGUCAUCUGUUCUUUUAGACAUUGACAAAAGUAAUAAACGCUUCCUGUCAAUGAUCCCAUGAAAAAAGGGCGUCAUAACCAAGACUCAGCUGUUUAAGGAAAUGGAAUUUUGAGUGAUGUUUAUUGAUAACUAGACUAUCCUCUCAGAUAAACUUUAAUGCUCAUUUGAUUAUACCAGCGUGUAUUUGUUCCAAAUAAAGGACUGAUGAGGUUUUUCGGCCAGAUCCCAUGGGCUCUUCUUUCCUUCAGUCUAACUAAUCCCCUUUGUUAGUUACUUCAUUUCUUUUCCAUUAUUAGAAAUGUGGACAUGCAUUUUUAUUUUGACUGGCCUUUAAAAUGUGUUUCUCCAUUCCUUCAUUUAUGUACAUAAAAAUCAGUCCACUGAUGAAAUUGAAUGUCCACAAAGAAUUUUUGGAUUGUUUGUGCGCAAGGUGGCAGUUGCGUGAUUUGCCCCUCCCACCCCACCCCACCCCCACACCGGCUCCAUAUAUAUAUUUAUAUGCCUACUUGUACUUGGGUCCAAUUCUUCAUUUGUAGGGAAAGAGCUCUCUAACCUUGAGGAAAAACUACUCAGCUAGAAAUAUUUUCCACUACAAGGUGUUUUUCAUGAAUAAACUGUCAGCCUCUACAAUAUUGUCAUCUUGUCCAUAAUAAAGCUAUUUUAUCAUUUGG